AGGACGAUUGUUAGUUUCCAACAGGAAAUGUAAUGGAAGAAGGACAGAAGUGUAUAUUCAUGAUGCGUUUGGGAAUUAUCUGUUACAUUUUAUAUCAACUUUUUUUCUAAGCUUACAUUUAUUAUUACAAAACAAAAAAAAACUAAGGACAACUCCAUGGUUAUUUUUCUAAUGCGAAUUGUAGAGGAAAAGGUAGGAACAGAAGCUUUGCAAUGUAAGCCAUACUACACAAGUAAAAACGUAUUUCUAUUUCGUAUUCUAUAAUACAUUAUUUACAUCUCUUUUACAUAUUUCCUCUACACCUAAACGAUUCUUCUAAGACAUUUUCGUAAGGUCGAAAUGUUCCUUAGCAUCGUUCAUACUUGUGAGACGGUGCCUUUUCAUUUAUGCGUUUAUCCAGUUCGAUUGUUAAUUGAAAAGAAUUAUAUUCAAAAAUUAAAAAUUAUUACAAGAAAGACUUUGAAUCCUAGUUUAUCGCAUGGCAAAAAGACAUACUUUUUAAUUCCCUUUUGAGAUUUCUUCUUUAAGCAUUAGACAUUGUUUAGAUUAUUUACUUCAUCUUUCAUCAUAAACAUCUCAUGGGUCAUUCAAACACAUCUGCGCUCUCGAAUGAAGACGCAGGUUUAGAGUCACCUUCUAAGAGCUUUCCUCAUGAAGAAAAUAUAUAUCAAGUUCACUUGAUUCAGGAUGUUGAAUCACCACUCAUUACAAGAUCCCAGGUAAAUUAUUUGCAUCAUGGAAAAAAAGCGAGAAACCCGUCUGAAUUAUCCCUGCGUGACCAAGAAAAGUGCUUGAUCGAUGAGCUUUUGAAUAUAUUUAUGGGCAUGGAAGGGAACUACAUCCACUUACAAGAUAUAUCUAGCUUAUCUGACUCGCAAAAGAUUGUUUCUCCUCCUUCUUUUGUUAUAUCUCCUGGUUUCGAUUUGGGACUUAAGGAUAUCGUUUCCGAAACUCUUGAGUUGGGCUCAUACUACUUAAGUAUCGUGACAUUCAUUGAACUCCGAAGUCAGUUCGAUUAUGGGUACGUAAAUCAUGCUUUGUGUGCUGCUUUAAGAAGAUUUAUGUCAGAUUAUCUUGUGCUACUCAUGCAAUGCGAGCACAGGUGUCAAGUAGAUCCUGGCUUUUCUUUGCAAACUCUUCGUUUAUAUAUAUUACCUACUUUUCGUUCUAUGAAAUUGGUUUAUUUUAUCAUACGCGACCUCGUUUUGUCGACAGAGCAUGAUCAGCAGGAGGAUGACAUGGGUUUGGAUAACAUCGACGAUUUGCUAGAAAAACUCAACCAGGGAAAUGAUAUUUCUCAAAUUAUGCAGAGUUCCAUAUCUAAAAAGAAGGUCUGUAAAGGCGGUCGUGUUCUUACCUACUUGACGGAUGCUCUAACCAAUUAUGCCGGUGACCCUAUCGCCCGAAACAUUUUAACAUUUCUGCUUCGAGAAUCCUCACGUCCAUAUAUGAGGUUUUUAAAUUCUUGGAUUCACGAGGGAAAGAUUGAUGAUCCUUAUGAAGAAUUUAUGAUUAAAUCCCACAGGAGUCUGAGUUCACAAAGACUUGAUGAUGACUAUACAGACGAAUAUUGGGAAAAGCGCUACGUUAUUCGUGAAGACCAGGUUCCUGUCCAACUUUCCCAGUUAAAAGAUAAAGUUUUACUUGCCGGAAAGUACUUGAAUGUCGUAAUAGAGUGCAAGCAAGCAUCGGGAGAAAAUGCUGGUCAAACCUUGGCAAUCAACCCUGAAGAAGGAAAUACUAGAUGGCCGGAUACGUUUGAAGAUGAUAGUUUUACCAAAAACAUUAUAGAUGCUUAUGUCUACGCAAACGAGUCUCUGUUAUUGUUGUUGCAAUCUUCGCAGUCGCUUUACAGUCACUUACAUGCAUUGAAGCAUUAUUUCUUUUUAGAUCAGUCUGACUUUUUUUCUACCUUUUUGGAUACAGCACAGCAAGAGUUACGGAAACCUGUAAGACUUAUUUCUGCCACCAAGCUGCAGUCGCAGCUGGACUUAUCCCUCCGUCAACCGGGUACAAUCACAGCAGUGGACCCAUUUAAAGAGUAUCUGACACUUGAAUUAAAUCAGACUUCUUUGAUUGACUGGUUAAUGCAUAUCGUCAGCAUUAGCGGAUUGGAAGAUUCGGCAUUGGGACAGAACGAAAAAGGAAUAAUGGAUCAUUUUACGAAUCGAAUGGAUAGUGGGAGUGACCAAAAGAGCCAAAAUUCAUCCUCAAAAGGAAUGACAGAAAAAGAAAUUGAUGGGUUUGAAGCGAUGCAGUUUGGAUACAAAGUUCCGUUUCCCUUGUCUUUAAUUCUAUCAAGAAAGGCGAUUAUUCGAUACCAGUUGUUAUUUCGCUUUUUCUUGAUGGUCAAGCGUGUGGAAAUGCAAUUGGAAAACAGCUGGCUCCAUCAUAGUAAGAAACCCACUUGGAAGAACAAGUCGCCCUUUCCCCGGAUUGAGCGGUGGAAGAAAAAAGCAUGGUUUAUGCGAACCCGUAUGCUUACGCUGGUGCAGAAAAUUCGCUAUUACAGUAUGAACGAAGUCAUAGAAACGCAUUGGCCUGUGUUUAUGAAGAGUAUAGAACACGCACGUACUGUGGACAAUUUAAUGCAAGAGCAUGUUGACUUUUUGGAUACAUGCCUUAAGGAAUGCAUGCUGACAAAUUCAAAGCUAUUGAAGGUGAAUGCGAAGUUGCUGGGAACAUGUGGCAUGUUUGCAUCAUACACUAGCUCAUUUACAAGGUCCUUGCAACUUGCUGAGACAGGUGAGGAGACUUAUGACGAUGUACGGAUGGACAAGAUGGAAGACAUUUUAAAACGCUAUGAAGAGAAUUUUGUUCAUCAUUUACGGGUCCUGAUGGACGCUUGCAAUUAUUAUGCCAGUACAGAGACAGCAGCAUUGUUGAAUCUGGUUAUGAGAUUAUCUACUUAGUUUAGGGAUUAAUGGAAAAUAAACUAUAAUUUGAGAAAGAAAAGAACAAGCAAACUAUGUCGAAUCUAGUUAGCUAUGUGGAUUUGCGACUUGAUUUGUACAAUGUGGUAAUUGUACUACUUUGCAUCGUACAGAUUCGAUGUAGAAGUCUGAAAGGGGAAUGGAAGAAAGAAGCGAUUUUCAAUAAGGAAAUGAAAAAAGAAAGACUACAAUCUUUUUCAGUCAUCUACACAUCAGACAUAUCAAAAGCUAACUAGAAGAAACCAAGAGAGGAAGAAAAGAAAUUUUUCAAACAUGCAACAUCAUUAAGAGUCGGGCUCCGUAACUUUAACUUGCAGAACAAAAGAGACAAAUGCAUGUCCAACGCUCAAAUGCAGAAUACGAUGUAUUCGUACCAAAAAUUUGUUUCGCAAAAAGAACGUUAUUAAGCAUCGUAGCAACCGAGUACGGUAACGAUUGAAUCGACACAGAAAACUUACAAAAAUGGGAGCGAUAACUAUAACAUCAGUCCAUUUUAAUGAAUUGUUAGGGAAAAGAUCGAUCCCCCAUGCAAACUUGGGCUAGAAGAUUGCAAGCGAUGAGCGACCAGAUGCUGUGUGUCAAAAGAAGAAAACAAAUAAAUAAGAAUAAAAGAUUGAAUGGAUCUACACACAAAAAUAUUAUUAAUGAACAAUGACUUAUUUUGACACUUGUGCUAGCUGCCUUGUAUUCCUUCCUUCCUCCCUGCUGACUUUUUUUACUACUCACAAUUCUCUCGUCUUACUGGAAGUUAUCGGUCAUCAAAGUAACGAGAAAAAAAAAUGAAAAAAUUUUUUCAAUCAGGAGAGUGAUGCAACAGCACGCAAGAGGAAACCAGCGAAGCAAAGUCAAGUACCGAAGGAGAUAAACCAAGGCAAAAAAAUAAUGUAGCACUGAACGGUUCCCUUUGAAGUGGAAUCGAAUUUUGCAACUUGGAUUUUCAGACUUUGAAAUUUUUCAUGCAACUCCAGAAGGUAAACUUCCCAUGAUUACCAUCCAGAAAGCAGAUGGAGGCAAGCGAUGACAGGUGAACAAUCAAUUGCUUUAGCCUACUGUCUAUAUAGUCCUCUCUAAUAAGUCUAGUUUGACUUCUAUAACCAAUCCAUACAAUAUCUAAAGAUGCGAUCAGAUUAUUUACAAAUGUCUUAAAAUACGUUAUAGCGAGAUUACGAAGGAAUGUUAACCGGUUCUGAAAAAUUUAAUCUACAUUUCGUCCAAUAUAAAGAAGGAAGAUUCCUUCCCUUCUUCCUUUCAUUGUGAUCUGACGUGAAACCAGG